AUGCGCUUGCGCGCCUUCUCGGAACCAUGCCUCCCGGGGCGGCCCCUGAGCCAGGCAGGGGUUCUCCAGCCUCCUAGCGCCCUUUACCGCUGGCUCUCCCACUCCUGCAGCCCUUGUGGCAUCAGAGGAGGCCCUGAACCCCAGAGGGCCCCCUUCGUGGCCGGGCGUCACUGCCCAGCCCUGGGGCGCGGGCGGCUCAUCCGUGGAGCCGAGGGGAGCCCCUGCUGUCGGCGCCGGUUCACAGAGCUGCGCUCGGCUGUGCCGCAGGGAAACUCCUCCGGGGCCGCGUGGCCUGCCCCUUCCGCCUCAUUGGCCAUUGGCCCCCCUGCUCCUGGGCGACAGCGUGAGACGAUGCUGCCCUGUCUGUUUGAGCCGACAGGGUGUCGGGAUGUGCGCAGGCGCCACAGGUGUGGGCAGUGUUGGCAGAAAGCUGCUCGGAGAGCGUUUGGCUGCUGGGCCUCGUGGACGGGCCGCGUGGGUUCGUUUCCACCUGAGUUGCUCUACGCGUUUGGGAAGGUCAUGUCGCCUCCACAGGUGUGUCUCCUCUGCGACACACCUCCAGGGCCCCUUCAGCUCACCCUUCAGAGCUGCCUAAGCUCUACCCGCCCCUCCCUGGUCCAGGGCUUCAGCCCGCCUCGCUGGGUGUCAGAGGGCGAGCUCUGGGCACCCCCACCACCUCUCACUGCCCGUCCCGCACGUGCUCUGGGCCGGGUGGCCUUGCUGCCUCUCUUGGCCGGUCCUUCUGCAGAGCUCUCCUUCAUCCUACGCUGCACCACCUGGCUGGUGCUGAAGGCUGUUCAUCUGGAAAAUGGGAAUAACAGCAGUGCCAGCCUCCGUCACAAGAGAGCGGGGCUCCCGCCGCCGUGGUGCGCAGGCCCCACGCGGCCCGGCCCGAGCGCGCUCUUUAACCCCGCAGGUGCCCCCGGCAUGGCAGCGGCCGAGGUGCCCGGCUACCUCGUGUCCUCGCAGACGGAGAAGCACCGGCGGGCCCGCAACUGGACGGACGCGGAGAUGCGCGGCCUCAUGCUCGUCUGGGAGGAGUUCUUCGACGAGCUGAAGCAGACCAAGCGCAAUGCCAAGGUGUACGAGAAGAUGGCCAGCAAGCUGCUGGAGAUGACCGGCGAGCGCCGGCUGGGCGAGGAGAUCAAGAUCAAGAUCACCAACAUGACCUUCCAGUACAGGAAAUUAAAAUGCAUGACAGAUAGCGAGUCCGUCCCGCCUGACUGGCCCUAUUACCUAGCCAUUGAUAGGAUUCUGGCCAAGGUCCCCGAGUCCUGUGAUGGCAAACUGCCGGACGGCCAGCAGCCGGGGCCCUCCACGUCCCAGACCGAGGCGUCCCUGUCGCCGUCUGCUAAGUCCACCCCUCUGUACUUACCGUAUAAGCAGUGCUCCUACGAAGGCCGCUUCCAGGACGAUGGCUCCGCCAGCUCCUCCAGCUUACUGUCCCUUAAGUUCAGGUCGGACGAGCGGCCCGUGAAGAAACGCAAGGGACAGGGUGGCCACUUGCAGAGGAGGAAGCUGCGGCUGCUGGAGACGAUGCUGGAGGAGCAGCGCCGGCUCAGCCGCGCCCUGGAGGAGACGUGCCGCGAGGUGCGCCGCGGGCUGGACCAGCACAGCCUCCUGCAGGCGCAGGGCCUGCAGCUGCAGGAGCGCAUGAUGAGCCUGCUUGAGAAGAUCAUCGCCAAGUCCGGGGUCUAG